AUGGCCGACCUGAAGAUCCUGACUGCCCGCCAGCACAUCCAGAACCAGUCCGCCGCCUCUGUUGUCGAACCUCACUGGGGAUAUGCCGACCGCGUCGUGCCCUGUGUCAACGAUGCGGGAUCCUGCAACUAUCUCGACAUUGUGUAUGCGGCUCACGACAUGGGCAUGUACUACACCGGCAUCAUUUGGGCGACCAUCGGCGGCAUCCUCAUUCUCUGGGCCAUCGGACGACACUUCCUACGCGCACACCCAUCAGGCGUCGCACUUCCGGAGAAAUCCCCAGAAGACGUGAACAAGAGACGGAAUGCGAUCCAACGCUUCACCACGGCUGUUCCUACCUAUGCGCGCCAGUACCUGCUUCCGGAUGCCAGCCGGUUCAUCUUCGGCCGCGUCACGCGCACCCAGGUUCUCACUCUGGUCACCCUUGUUGGCUACCUCACCAUCUGGUCGUUUGUGGGCAUUGGCUGGGGCACCUGGAUCACGCCCGUCAAAAACAGCCCUGGCGUCUACAACACACGAAGCAGCAUCGGCCCAUUCGCGGAUCGUGUAGGUGUUAUUGCCUAUGCCUUGACUCCGCUCUCCAUCAUGCUCUCAAGCCGCGAGUCCAUCCUUUCACUCGUCACUGGCCUUCCUUACCAGAGCUUCAACUUCCUCCAUCGCUGGCUCGGAUACGUCAUCUUUCUUCAGUCAUCAAUUCACACCAUUGGCUGGUGCGUUGUAGAACUGCGACUGUACCAACCCCAGCCCAAAGUUGGCCUUGCCUGGAUCAAACAGCUCUACAUGAUCUGGGGCGUAGUCGCCAUGAUCUUGCUCCUGUUCCUCGUCGUCCUGUCCACGCCCUGGGGAAUCCGCGCGACCGGCUAUGAGGCGUUCCGCAAACUGCACUAUGUUCUAGCCAUGGUAUACAUCGGCGCCUGCUGGGGACAUUGGGAGCAGCUCAAGGUCUUCCUGAUCCCUGGCCUGGUUGUCUGGCUCAUCGACCGCGCUGUCCGCCUCGGCAGGACUGCUCUGCUACACUACAACUUCCUUCCCUCUGGCCACAUGGGUUUCCGCGCGGCGCCCGCAGACAUCACCUUCUUCAAGGACGAGAUCAACGGCGACGUUGUUCGUCUGGACUUUGACCACCCACAAGAUGCGUGGUCCGUGGGACAGCACUUCUACAUCAUGUUCCCCGAAGGCAGCAUCUGGCAAUCCCAUCCUUUCACGCCGCUCAGCCUUCCCGUAUUCGGCGCAGACACCCAGAAGCACUCCUACAUCUUCCGCGCCAAAGGGGGCGAAACCCGCAAGAUCGCCGAACUCUCUGCCAAACGCUCUGCUCGCGCCGCCGACCCGCAAGACUCCCACGAAGGCCUCAUGGGUAAUGCCAGGCUAUCUGUAGUCCUCCAAGGCCCCUACGGCGAACAAACAAUGCGCGACCUCGCCUCCGACUCCAACAUCCUCUGCAUCGCCGGCGGCACCGGCAUAACCUACGUCCUCCCCGUCCUCCUGGACCUCGCCUCGAAGCCCCAGAAUCGCGACCGCAAAAUGUCCCUCGUGUGGGUCGUCCGCCACCGCGGCGACAUCGACUGGGUCGCGCCUGAGCUCGCCAUCCUCAAGCAGAAGUGCCGCAACCUGCGCGCUGCCAUGCACAUCUACGUCACGCGCGCCGCAGAAGACGCCCACCACGAGCCCGCGGUCCCUACCGUCGCCGAAAAAGCAGUCGACACGCCGUGCUCGCCAACUAAGGAAAUCACGCCCGUCGCCAUGGCCAAAUCUUCAGCGUCGUCUGUCUCCGUUAGCUCUGCGCUCAGCGUGCACGGCGUGUCCAAAUCCGAACUUAACCUCGACCACCUGCAGGCGCGGCCGGAUCUCAGACUGCUGGUAGAGGAGUUCGUGUCGAGCACUGUGCGGGGCCGGACGGAUGUGUUUGCUUCUGGGCCGGGGGGUCUGAUCAGCGAUUUGAGGAGUAUCGUUGCGGGGGUUAAUAGCGGGGCGGGGGUGUGGAGGGGGCGAGAGGGGGAUGUUAGGCUGACGUGUGAUGAUCGGUUGGAGUGGUAG